GUUCUUUCUUAGAAAACCGAUAUGCACCUGAGUGAGGUUUCGCCAAGAAUUCAAGUCCGGUCUAUGGUUUUUGUAGGAAUUCUUGAUUUCCACUUUGUGGAAUUGGCAGCACAUACUAUGGCGUAUGACCAGAGGAUGAAGAAAUCGCCAUAGAAUCAAGAUGCUCGCACAAUGGCUUGUGACUUGGAUGUGUUUUUGAGGUUCUCUCUGUCUCUCUGUGUAGGUGUGGCAGACACACAUUCAAUCCCGUUAGGGUUUGCUUACUAGAAGGAUUAAUUAAUCAUGUGUAAUUUCACCCACAAAUAUCAAUUAAUCCUUCGAGUGAGCAUGCCCUUUGGGUAUUCGAUGGAUCUCCUAGGGUUUAAUAUAUUUUGGGGGAAAAUAAUAGUUGCUGUUUAUUGUUGUUACAAAUUACAAGGGCAAAAGGUAUGUUGUAUGUUACUGCAAAGCAAUAGCCAUGGAAAAUCACCCUUCUGUUUGUGAUUGUUUUAUGAACUUACUAAGGGUGAGUCUCUGCUUGGUACAUACUAAUACCUGAAAAUGUAGUAGAAUUAGGAGUUACAGAGUUGUUUUGAUGUUUCAGUGGAAAACAUGCCAGCAUCGGUUUUUCGAUAUUUCUUUUUCAGUAUGUGCAAUUCUUCAGUUUCCAGUGUUCCUAAACCUGCCUAGACAUUGGCGAUCCUUCUAAUAUAUGGCAAUUAAUAUUGUUGGCAUAGUAUGAAAUCAUGAAACCUUUCGAGUGUCCAGCAGGCAUGGAUUUCUUUUAAAGACUGCAGGUUAUAUGAUGCAUAUGAUUGCGCUGCAUCGUUGGAGGGUAGGGAUCAAUUGAAGCCAUGUGUUUGAGUACAUUGAAAUUGGUUAAGCUAAUGGAAGUGUGCAGAGGAAAACCAGUCUUGGAAAUGUGUUGAUGGAUGGAUCAAAUAAAAAAUCUGGAAAUCUAUUUGGGUUAACUUCAGGCGGGGUGUCCUGUGAUGCUUUGGAUGAAUGCAGUUUCCUGUUCAUGAGAAGGCACUCAGUGACUCUGGCUAGCCGCUAAUUACUUGAGGUAAACGUAUAACAUUCAACCAUUGUGUAUUCGAGAACUAGAUUGAUUCUGCUAUGCCUAAGUGUAAUUUAACCUGAAGAUAAACUGGUUAAGGUGUAAACUUUUGAGGGCAUAAUUUCCUUCUAGGAGUUCUAAUAAAAAGAGUGUGGUUUUGAACGGUCCACAAGUUAUGCAUGUAAUUUUCUAAAAAAUUACCAGCCUAGUCUGCCCUUUUUUUUUUUUUUUUUUAACUUUUUCUAUACGAAUAUGUGGGUUAAUGUGCGGGAUUUGCUUUUCUCUUUGAAAGCUAUUUCUAGAAAUUAAUUGUGGUAAUCCCAACAUCAUCCACAUCGAAACGAGUAGCUGCUUUUUCCAUUGGCCAGUUAUGGGAUAAAAUUACACUUACUUCCUUGCCUAUCAUUCAAUCUCUACAGUAAGCUUCUAUGGCGAUUUUAACAAUGUAAUUCUCCUAGGCAUUGGUGCACGCUGAUUUCGUUUCCUUGCUUUAUUAUUUGAGAAAAUUACAUUGAAUGCAGUUUUGUUCGCUUUUGAUUUAAAUUGAAUCGAAUGGGAGCCAUUUUGUUCUAAGCACUCUUUAUUUCCCAUGUUCUGCAAUUUUUCUCUCUGCGGUCUUCUGUUUAUGCUUUAAAUGGCAUGUUAUAAGUGAUUGUAAGAUAUGGCAAGUAUCGUUUUCGAUAUAUACGUCUUAGUUUUUGUUCAUUUAAUUGAAAUGGCAUUCUGUUCUGAAGAGUUUUGCUCUGUCAUUCUUGAUGCGCGCAAAUCUGCUUGAUUUAAUCGAUUGGCGCAAAGUUGUGUUAUUGUUUUUCUUUGUUUUCCCUUCCGAGAUUGUGAAGUAGGUGUCCGCUAAAAUGAUGGACCAAAUCUUACCGGAUUUGGAUGAAAUGUUGGAUUGUUGCGAGAUUGAAUCGCAAGAGUUGCAGGAAUCAAUGCAUCCUGUCAACCAGCAAGCGCCGGGUCCCUUUUCACAACAAAUGCUGCCGUUCAACCCCCAGCAAGGUUUGGAUUCUUUCUCUUUCGGGAUCAACCCCGCACAGCAACUCAAUCAAGAUCCUGUCCAAUUGCUCGAUGGCGGGCAGUAUGACGGCUCAAACCACUUUCCGGGAGCCCCCCCGUUGACAAGUGGUGCAGGAAAAUUAAUCGAUGAGAACAGAGAAUCCCAGUGGCAACGAAUAAGAUGGUCGGAGGAUAUGGUCCGGGUUUUAAUCACUGCUGUCUCAUACGUCGUGAAGGCCUUAUCCAGCUGCGAACGACGUCCCGUUGUCCCGAUUACAGGCAAGUGGAAAGCUGUUUCCCUUGCCUUGGUCGAAAGGGGUUACCAAGUCUCCCCUCAGCAGUGUGAGGAUAAAUUCAACGACAUCAACCGCAAGUACAAACGGCUCACCGAUAUCCUCGGAAGUGUGACGUCUGAAGUCGUGAACGACCCUAGGCUAUUGAAUUCUGUCCGCGUAUCUGAAGUACUCAAGGAUGAGGUCCGGAAGCUUCUGUCUUGCAGGCAACUCUUCUACCCCGAGAUGCGUUCUUAUCACAGCUGCAACCGGGAGCAUCUUCCUCCCGACGAGUCUCUUGAACAGUCGGUGAUUUGUGCGCUCACCGGACAAUCUAAAUCUGAUUUCGAAAGUAGGAAAUUGGAGAGCUUGGCGAAGAAGCAGAAACUGCAGGUGGACAAAGAUGGAGGAGCGCCCGAUGCUGAAAGCUCUCGGAUGAACCGUAGGGGCGUUGGGGGAGACCAUGAGGAUAUGAAUCGACAGAUGCUGCUGCGCGCGAUGGAGCUGAAGAAGAAGAAGCUGCAGAUACAGGAGGAAAUGGUCGAAUUGGAGAAGGCGAAGAUGAAGUGGCUAAAAUACUGCUACAAGCAAGACAGGAAGCUCCAUGGAAUGAUGAUCGAAAACAAAUUGAUGAAGCUUGAGAACGAGCGGAUCCUGCUCGAGCUCAGGAACAGGGAGAUCAACCUCGGUCGCAAGUGACGAGUCUGUCUGUCUAACUUUGAUCCUUAAGAGGGUAAGUUUUCUUGAUAUAUUGAACUUGGUUUAGUUUGCUGUGCUGUGGACAUGUUCUUUGUUUUUUACAUUGAUCUUUGCUUUGAUUUGGUUUGCAAGUACAUUAAAUUUCAAUUUAUGUUAGUCUCCUACAUUUGUUCUAGUUUCAUAAUAACAAUUUAUGAUAGUUGCUGGGAAUAUGUUGAAUUCAAGUAUUUGAAUAUUGUGUGAUUAAUGUAAAAAUAUAAUC